CCCAAAUCCACCCUCAAACCAAACCAACGUUUAUCCUUCCAGCCAACACGAUGAAACAGGACCGGGUGAGACUCCCUGGCUUCGGCCAACCAUUGAACAAUGACCUACCCAUCAUUGAGCGAAAGGAGGGAAAAGAUGACGAGGAUGGCCCCUAUACAGGCCAAAGGCGACGAUUCCGCCAUGCAAUAAGUGACUCCUGUAACAGCGUGGGUGUGUCAGUUAGGGAACGUCGGAUGUUGGAAUUUAUCAAUCAGAUCACCGAUAAGCCAGAGUGGGACAGAAAAGUCUUCGAUGAGGACAUUGUCAGUAAAUGGAGGAAUGAGGCAUGCGUGCACAAAGAGGAGCUAGGUGACUAUUAUUUGUCGUCUGCUAUGUUUGAUUACUGUAUCAAAGAGCUUCGUGAUAAAGCGACCUAUUUCCAAAAGUCUCAGAUGGUUUCUGUCUGGGAUUGUGAGACCGCGAUCGUUAAGUCGGACACAGCGGUCACGUCCACUUUGGCUGCGUCUCUACGGAAAAAUGUACGCGUCUUAGAGGACGUUCCUGAGCACUUGAAAGACUGGCAUCCCGGAUCUGAUCAACGGGUCUUGGAUUUACUCCAUCCGUCGCUAUUCCCAUUGAUGCACGGACGAUCACGCGCCCUGCCGUAUGGAACUGUCCCUCUCAAUGACUGUGCUCGCUUCACUGGUGAAGGUGAGGUAGUUAUCCCCGAAUUCGCUGGUUCCUUGAAACGUGUUCAAGAGUUGGGUGAGCCUGCGCCUGAGAGGGACUCCCUUCUGGAGUGGGGAAACUUCCAAUGGCUUCCGUCUAAUGUAGAAUUUACUAAAGAUGGUUGGCCCCGGAUUGCUAGUUACAUCAACAACCUCCACCCCCGACAGCACAAAGAGCUCUAUGGCACUCUGGAACAAUUCGUUGCUGCUGCAAUCCCCCUUUGGAAUGAGUGUCUUUCAUGGGAUGAGGAGCGGCUGAGGAUAGAGUUCAACUCACAAGGUGAUGACGGAGACUUUAUGGUCCCAGAAGGGUUAACCUUCACUCCUACAGACAACGACGUUGAGUCACCGGAAAAGAUUCGGCCUUACACAUAUGAAGAAGGACGUGAAGAUGAGGACAUCCGCUGGUCAGACAAUUUCGAAGACUGGUACAGGGAACAUCGAAUCUUUAUUCAGAGAGAGCCCGAGCCCUUCCGGACCCGUCAGCAGUGGGAAGAAAGAGCUCAACACCGUCCCAUUAACCUGCAAAAGCAGUUUGCCACCUCUGGAUUGCAGGUCAUCUUCAAGCUUGCGAACAUCCAUUUGACACCCGAAAAGCCCCAGUAUAAUGGUGGCACCUGGCAUAUUGAAGGGGCCAUGAACGAGCAUAUCGUUGCCACAGCUUUGUAUUAUUAUGACGAAGAUAAUAUUACACCCAGUCAUCUGAAGUUUCGCCAGUCCCUAGACAGCGAGGAAUGGAUGAUGAAUACAGGUCAAGGCGAAUACCAUUCCACCGAGUUAUUUUAUGGAAUCGAAAAUGAAGAGGCCGCAAUACAAAAUCUAGGGAGUGUGUUGACGAGACCCGGUCGGCUACUCGUCUUCUCCAACGUUCUUCAACAUCGGGUUCAGUCAUUCAAACUUGCCGAUCCCACAAAGCCGGGCCACCGAAAGAUCUUGGCUAUGUUCUUAGUGGAUCCACAUAUUCCUAUUCUGUCGACGGCAAAUGUCCCUCCUCAGAGAAAGGACUGGUGGGCAGAUGAAGUUCGAAGGGUGCCCCCGUUCCAAGGCUUGCCCUUAGAAAUAUUCGAGAUGAUCAUGCAGUAUGUGACUGGCUUCCCCCUUAGCUGGGAGGAGGCCCUAGAAGUAAGGAAGGCCCUCAUGGAUGAACGAGGGGCAUUAACCGAACACACCAAUGCUGAAAUUGAAGAUAAUACUUUCAGUUUCUGCGAGCAUUAAUUAUAGUUAUGCUUCAGAUUAUGGUCAAACGAUGCAGGUAAAUUACGCAAGAUGCCCUUGGUACCGGAACUAUGUGAAGGAAAUGCAUUAUUCAGGAAGCAGUUCUAUGAUAGUAAAUGCCGUGAUGUGCGUUUAACGUUAAAAGCCUUUGCCAGGCCAUCGCCGUAUAACCGUAUAAUCAAUGUGAAAUUAGUUCCGUGGAUAUUAUUAUACUUCAUGCGAAUAGAAGUUUAUCUAUCUAGCUGUCCUAUUUACAAAAUGACCAUUUCGUUUCUUUUUCUUUCUCUUAGGCUUAGGAACACAGAAAGGCAUAUGGGUAAAUGGAGCCAUCAGGGCAGUGGAGUAAGA